AUGAAUAAAAUAAUGAGCCCAUAUUGCUACUACAUCCCACACCACUGCAUCGUGCGUCCUGAGAGUAAGACAACUAAACUCCGAGUCGUAUUUGAUGCAUCUGCUGUGACCACCACGGGACAAUCACUCAAUAACAACCUAUAUACAGGUCGCAAGCUUCAACAGGACUUACCACGGAUUCUGAUCCGUGCCCGAGUACACAAGGUUCUGUUUACAGCUGACAUCAAGCAGAUGUAUAGGCAAAUUGAAAUUCAUUCUGAAGACCGUGAUUAUUUACGGAUUCUUUGGCGAUUUAAUCCUGAUGAACCAAUAACAGAAUACCGUCUCUGUACAGUAACAUAUGGUACAUCCUCUGUUCCUUUGCAAACCUUACAACGCCUAGCGAAGAUUGAGGGGACAAAUUUCCCCAUAGCUGCUCAGAUCUUCAUGCAAGAUGAUCUUGUGGAUGACAUACUCACGGGGACUGAUUCCCCAGAAGCAGCUUUAGUUUUACCUCCUAGCGGUCGCGCUAGCGGUGUUUACACCGCACCAUUGGGAAAAACCAUUUUAUUUAAUUAUACUUAUCGAUAA